AUGUCUGCCGUCGACGCUGUCACCUCCACUCUGGCUGCGACCACCCUCAAUGACGCCGACAAGACCAACGGUACCGCUGCGGCCGCUCAGCCCACCGAUGCUGCUGCUGCCAGUGCGGACGAGGGUCGCCGCCUUUACAUCGGCAACCUUGCCUAUGCGACCACCGAGGAGGAGCUCAAGGACUUCUUCAAGAGUUACACCAUCGAGAGCACCUCGAUCCCUGUGAACCCCCGCACCAACCGCCCCGUUGGCUACGCCUUUGUCGACCUUGCGACAGCUCACGAGGCCACUGCCGCGAUUGAGAGCCUUUCCGGAAAGGAGAUUCUGUCGCGCAAGGUGUCGGUCCAGUUAGCUCGCAAGCCCGAGCCCGCCGAGGCCAAGGAGGGCACUAUCGGUGGAAUCGAGGGCGCCAGCGGUAACGAGGGUCGUAAGCGUACUGGUGGACGUGGUCGCGGCCGUGGCCGCGCUCGGGGCCGUGGUGGCCGCGCUGCUCGUGGUCGUGCUCAGGAUGGACAGGAGCCUUCUGAGGCCAACGCCACUGUUGCUGCCCCCGCGCCCGCGGCUACCACCGAGGCUGUCACUCUGAAGGAGAUCACCAACGAGAACGAGCCUACCGCUUCCGAGGGUGCCAAGCAGGGCAAGACCCGUGCUCCUCGUCCCCAGAAGCAGCGUGGUCCUCCCGAGGAUGGAAUUCCCUCCAAGACCAAGGUCAUGGUUGCCAACCUUCCUUACGACCUGACCGAAGACAAGCUCAAGGAGAUCUUCGCCGCCUACUCCCCCGUCUCGGCCAAGGUUGCUUUGCGUCCCAUCCCCCGCUUCAUGAUCAAGAAGCUCCAGGCUCGCAAUGAGCGCCGUAAGACCCGCGGAUUUGGCUUCGUCAACUUGGCUUCCGAGGAGCUGCAGACCAAGGCCGUCAACGAGAUGAACGGCAAGGAUAUUGACGGCCGCACCAUCGCUGUCAAGGUCGCCAUCGAUAGCCCUGGUAAGGAGGACGAUGUCAACGCCGCCGCCGACCAGUACGAGCAGGCUACCACUUCGACCCAGUCCGCCCCUGCUGCCGACCAGGAGAACGUUGCCCCCGCCGCUGCUGCUACCACUGCGGCCGCUUAA